AUGGAAAUAGUGAGAGAAGGCAACUUUUGUGCAUAUAUGCUUGCCUCUGUUGCCCCAAGUUUUGCUGAUUUCUUCUGGUGGGACCUUAUCCCAUCCUUUGAUGUUAUAGAGGUGUCUCUUCUAGUGUUGGAUGGUGGAAACAUUUGCCACAAUUCCAUACCACCUUCUGCAUCUUUUCUUGCAUGGAGAUUGAUCUUUGUUUCUGAGGAUAAUGUUUGGAGUAUUUUUAACUUAGGAUGA